CCGUUGUUUUUUUUUUGAUUUUUCGAAAGCUCCGUCAGCACUUGCUUUCUUUUCUGACGCGCGCUCGAUCCUUGGGCUGGCUUUCAUUUUCGCCCGUUCGAACCGGUUCGGGACUUUAACGGUUACUUAAUCCCGCUUUCAUGUAAUCGGCAUCCUGCGCCAGCAUGAGAUCGCUGCGUCUGCGUCUGCGUCUGGAGCUCGUCAUGUUGGCCUUGCUGCUGCCCCAGGUGCUCGCCACCAUACGACACUCGCGCGAAAUUAUUAUCACAGAUGCGGUGCGUCGCAUCCAGCACGAUGGCUACAACGUGGAGCGGCACACGGUGAUCACGAAGGAUGGCUACGUGCUGACCCUGCACCGAAUACCCCAGGUGCAGCUGGAGGCGAAUGGAACUCUGUACACAGUGCUGCGACGACCCGUGGUCUUUCUGCUCUCCGGCCUGUAUGCCUCGUCGGAUGUGUGGCUGCUCAACGGGCGGGAGGAUUCGCUGGCGUAUUUGCUGUGGCGCGCCGGCUACGAUGUGUGGCUGGGCAAUAAUCGGGGCAACAUCUAUUGCCGGCGCAAUCUCUGGCUAAAUACGACGGAGCGCGAUUUCUGGAACUUCAGCUGGCACGAGAUGAGCGUCUACGAUAUGCCCGCCCAGAUUGACCAUGUGCUGCGCACCAGCGGCGUCUCGCAGAUGCAUUUCGUGGGCAUAUCGCAGGGCGGCACCGUCUUCCUGGUGCUCAACUCAAUGCUGCCGCAGUACAAUGCGGUCUUCAAGACGGCGACGCUCCUGGCGCCGGUCGCCUACGUGGACAACACGCACAGCGGGCUGGCCAAGAUCAUUGGCCCGAUUUUGGGCACGCGCAACUAUGUGUCGAAGAUGCUGGAGGGCAUUGAGAUGUUCUCGACGAACAAGUUCUUCAAGAAAUUUCUGUCCAUGACCUGUCUGGAGAACGAGAAGCCUCUGGUGUGCAUCACCCGGCUGUGGCCCGCCGUCGGCUACGAUACGCGCUUUCUCAAUAAGACGCUUUUGCCGGAUCUGAUGGCCAACUUUCCGGCGGGCGGUUCCGUCAAGCAGCUGAUGCACUACUUUCAGGGCUAUGUGUCCACCAAGUUCCGGCAAUACGACUACGGCCCGGAACGCAACUGGCUGCACUAUCAGCAACUGGAGCCGCCGGAAUACGAACUGGAAAAUGUCAAAACUCCGGUGACGAUUUUCUUUGCGGAAAACGAUUAUAUUGUCGCGCCAGCGGAUAUCUGGCGUCUGGUCGCACGGCUGCCCAACGUGGAGGCCGUCUACAAGGUGCCACGCAAGCGCUGGAAUCACUUCGACUUCAUCUGCGGCCUCGGCGUCCGCGAGUACAUCUUCGACAACAUUGUGCUCUCGAUGAAUCGAUACGAGCUGCGACGCCGUCGCCGACGACGACGACGCUGAUGAUCCAUAAUUAAAUGCCAGGGAGCUAGAGCCACAAUUUCUACUAGUGCCAAAAAUACUUAGCUUAGUAUAUAUGUUAUCUAUAGUAUAUGUAUUAUGAGUCCAUAACUGAUGCCCAAGCUGUCAGCUGCGGAUAUGCGUAC